AUGGAGGAGCCAAUACACGCACACAACAAGACGUCCCCAGCGCCGGGCGCUCGUGCCCAGGUGCAGAAACCCCCCCGCCCAAGCAAGAUCCUGAGCUCGCUCAAAGGCAUCAUCCGCCUCCCCGGCGCCCGACGCACGCGCGCCGACACUGCUGCCCCGGCGUCCGCGAUACACACGCGCUCCGCGAGCCACAACCAGCUGCUGCACACGCGCAACGGCGGUGGUGCGCCCCUUCCCAACGGGCUCUCCCAGGACAAUAACGGCAUCGGCGUCGCCAGCGUGAACUACGAUAGCGGCCUUACGGCCGUGUCGGCGAGAGUGAACGAUCCGUACGCGCAGGGACGGAAUAGGAAUAGUUGGGCGAUGAAGCCCUACAUGUCGCAGCCCAUGCUUAGCCUAACGCUCGGCUUGGGCGAGGAGGAGGGCGAGGGGGAGGGGAGAAGGUCGUUCGAGGGGCUGGGGCUGGGGCUGGGGUUGGGUUUGGGUUUGGGAUACGAGGACGAUUCGGACCAGUCGUCGCCCUCGCCGACGACGGAGCACGAGCCUUCGACGAGGAGGGAGGCUCCAUUGCCACCAGCACCACCAAUACUUCAUGUUCAGACUACGGCCAAGACUCAAGCUCAAGAUCGGGCUACGGCUACGCCCGCAACACCUCCAACACCUUCUCCAGCUCGUGUCCAGAGCCCACAACCCCUCCAAAGACCGACGUCGCCGUCCCCACCACCACCACCACAGCCAGCCGGCACUGAGCGGAUAAACGCAGGCCCGAGAACGCCGACGCCUCAGCCUUCCUCUGUACUUCCACUGCCUCCUGCGACUACGAUUUCAGCUUCGGUGGUAACAUCGUCGUCUCCUCGGGUUCAGAGCUCUCAGAGCCUACAAAGCCCACGGAGCCCACAAAGUCCGUCGUCGAACCAGAAACACGCGAAGAAGGGAUCGGGGUCGGUCGCGGGCGCGGGCGCGGUAGUGGGUGUGGGCGGGAUCGGAGCGGGGCUGGCAAUGGUUGGUGGUGGUAGGAGGAGUGUGAGUGGGGGAAGGAAUAUCAUUGUGAGUGGUGAGGAGAUUGGAAGGGCACCUGAACUCGCCACGGCAAAUGCGGGCACGACGAUAGCGACAUCGGAAACACGCCUCGGAGUAGCAGAGGAUGACGCGGACGCCCAGGGUCAAGGCCAAGCGCAUACACGACACGGCUUGUCGCCCUCCUCCCCCGAUGCCUCGUCUUCCUUCUCCUCGGUGCCCGGACCACAGCCUCACUCUCAGCCUCGGUCUGACACCCUGUCUGUGUCUGAGUCCCACCCCCAGCCCCGCGCUCAGCAUCAGCCUCGUGUUCCCCGACCCCAGACGCAGCCCCAGGCAUAUCGGACUUCACAAUCGCAACCACAGUUGCAGUCGUAUUUUCCAAUCAUUUCUUCCACCACCAUCACCUCCAGUACCAGUUCGAACAAGUCGACGUCGACCGCGAGUUUAUCGCGUUCGUCGAGCCUGACGAGCCGGAGUCGUGCAAGUGCCACGCCAACGACAACUCGAGCGUCAAUGGCGAGCAUGGAAUCGCUAUCUUCGAACAUGUCCGCGAACAUCCACGUAAACGCAAACGCGUUCCUCGGAUCGAAGACCCCAUACCCGCCGCAACCUCCCCCCAAACCACAAUCGCAAUCACAAUCUCCACCCCAACCUCCGCCCAAGUCCCACCCUCCAUCCCAGCGCCCGCCUAGACCCCAGCGCGCACCACCACCACCGCCACCGCCUCUUCCGUCCUUGCCUUCGAACCCGCCCGAAACACAAUCACCCUUGGCCUCCCAGCCCCAAUCACAACCUCAGCGCUCGUCCCAUUCCCAGUCACAUUUUCAGCCCCCAUCACAACAACAGCAUUUUUCGUCCGUGUCUGUGUCUGUGUCAGCCGCAACUCCGAGUGCGAGUGAAAGUGGGAGUACGAGCGCAUCACAGGCUAUGAGCAUGGGCACCGCCGAGCCUGCUCAGCGCGCUCCGUUCGUGUCUGUUGUGGCUACUUCAACGUCAGUGCCGAGAGAGGGUGCAAAGACGAGUCAUAGUGUGACUACGACGGCUACGGCUACGACGACGACGACUAUGACAGCGAGUACGAGCACGAGUACGACGACGCCUACGUUAAGGGUUACUGCGUCCUCGUCUUCCCCGUCUUCGAGUCGUUUCUCCGCCUCAGGACCUGGUUCGAAGGGAAACACGAUGCCUUCCUCCUCGUCCUCUACCUCUACUCCUACUCCUCCUUCGACGACAACGACGGCAAGUCCAAAUACUACACCGAAACCGACACCCCGAAUACCAAAUGGCGCGCUCGCGCCGACCUCGUAUCGUCGUCCGGCCCCUUCUUCCUCUUCUUCCACAUCCACAUCUACAUCUGCAUCGACAUCUGCAUCCUCGAUCUCCUCCAGCAAACCUGAAGCCUCCCUCUUCCCGCCCAUCGUACCACGACGCGCCUCCUCCACCUCUUCUUCCACCUUUUCUUCCUUCUCCUCAACCCCGACCUCCUCCUCCGCCUCCAGCUCAUACUUCCUCCCACCCACACCAACACCCCCGACCUCAACCCGACCCUUCUCCACCUCAGCUGAAUCCACUCCAACAACCCAAUGGACCUCGCCUCCCCAGCUCACCCUCCCAAGCACGAACCACCGGUUCAGCUUCACCGGUUCAGGCCUCUUCGGGGUGCCAGGCAGCCCUGGAGGGGCCGGCGCGCGCCUCUCGCCUACCGUCAUCCUCCGCCCGCCGCCGCUGCCGCUGAUGAACCUCCCUGUGCUCUCGCCUCUGGGGGUAGGGGAGAGGAGCGUCCUGGGCAGUGCGGGGGGUAUUAGGAGGGCGGCGAGUGCUAGUGCGGCGGGUGUGGGUAUGGGUGGAAAUGGAGCGAGGGAUAGGAAUAGUAGGAUUGGGCUGAAGAACUUGCCGGCGCUGCCUCUGCAGGGUACGGGCAGGGGUGUUGGGGGCCACGAGGAGGAAGAGGAAGAAGAUGAGGAAGACGAGGAAGAGGAAGACGAGGAGCAGGACGUGUCGCCUAGGGAUAAUAGCAGCACCCCGACCGGCAGCAGCUCGCAGGAUACAGACACACCGCGUUCGUCGAUGGACAGUGUCGACGACUCGGACAACGACAACGACGGAGGUAUAUCACGCUCGCCUUCCCGCUCCUCGUCGUACAAAACCGCACGCGGGUCGCCCACGACCGACUCCUCGGAGCCCUACUUCGGCGACCUCGCCCGCCCGCCCGAGAAGCGCUUCUCGCGGACGCCACACCUGCCGCAUGUAGACACGACGCGUCUCGAUCUGGAUUUGAGCUUUCUGGACAGGCCGCCGUCACCUGGGAAGGGCAAGGGCAAGGCAAGAGCGAGAGAGGCGAGGGGGACGACGGAGGAUGCGGGCAGGACGCCGGUGGCAAGCUCGUGGGCGCAGGCACAUGGGAGGAAGAGUGUCGCGGGUGGUGUGACGGACUACUUCUACCAGACGCCACCCCAGCAUAUGGGCGAAAGGUCGAUGUCUGAGCGGACGUUGAGGACCUCGACGUCGAGUUCGAAGAAGCAUUCUCCAGCGACGACCCCGCGACCGGGCGACUACCAGCUUUCCUUCGCGGCUAGCCAGCACCAGCACUCGCCGAUGCCCGGUAUGGUCUCUCGUUUGUCGGAGGCGCGUCUUUCGGCUACGUUGGGUAGCCUCUCGGCCCAUCCGGGCAUGUACAAGCGCGCGUCCCGUAGCCUCAUCGACGUACAUGCUGCCGAGAAGAAGGAGCGCGUUGAGGCAAUGGUGCAGGAGGAGGAGGACGGCGCCGAGGAGGAGGAGAGGAAGCGCAGGGUCAGGGCGUUGAGGAUGAGCAUGCGUGCUGUGGUCAAGGGUACGCGGUAUGAGGACGGGAAGGAGUUGAGUGUGGGUGUGGAUGGAGCUGCUGUGGAUGGGAAUGCCAGUGUUGGCGAUGGUCCUCGCGAUCCGACCGCGGAGCCGCCACAUUCUGCAGAUGCCGUUAUGGAGGGUGCCGGCGAGCUUAUCGACGCUUCCUCCGCCACCCUGGGCGUACCGGAUGUUGAAGGUGGGACAACGGGCAGGCGACAGAGCAAAAGAAUUAGUAUGGCCCCUGCGUAUGAUACCCUCUCGCACCCCCACCCUCUGCGGCGGCGGCGGUCCAUGCCCACAUUCACCGCGACGACAGCGCCGCCGCCCUACCCCGACUUCCAUCCCCAGCAGUUCGCCUCCGGCUUCGGCGCCGCCAUCCAGCCACGCGAGGACGAGGGUAAGGAGAAGCUUCCCCCCUACAGCAACGACGUCUACCUCAAGGCGAUCAUGCCACGCAAGCUCGAGUUCUCAAAACCUGGCGUGCAGUCCAAAGACCGCAAGUGGCGGCGGGUGCUCUGUGUCCUGGAAGGGACGGUGUUCCGGGUGUACAAGCCCCCCGCAGGCGCGUCGGGGGUGUCGGCGAUUGGGGAGUGGUGGGAGAAUCGGGUGGGUGUCGGCGAUGUGGCGUAUGGGACGGCGAUGACGACGAGCGCGUUCCAUACGACGGCGAGCACGACGGUGGCGCAGGCGAUCCUUGCGGCGGAGCAGAAGGAGCUGGAGAGGGCGCUAACGUUGUCGAGGAAGUCCGGCGAGGGGUAUGAUUCGGGCCAGCCGGUGCUCCAGGCGGACAGUCCGACGUCGCCACAGGAAAUUCGGGUGCAGCCUCCUCUGUCGCCUGCUGCAGAGUCGCGGCACCCGUAUCUACAGUCUCAACCUCAGCAAGUACAAGGGCGGCCUUCUCAUGAACACCAUGCCGUUCUCCCUGCGGCACGGUCUGCGCUGAACCUUGCUGUACAGCUGCUUAAACCGGGUACACGGCAUGGACGGUCGAACAGCGACGUUUCUCAGAACCCACCUCGCCCUCGAUCACCUCGCCCAUCUCUGAACAUCCCGCGGAGUGCAAGUGGGCGAACGACGCCUACGAUGGCAAGCAGCCCUCAUGGUUCGUCGUUGCGGUUGCACUCGCCUGCACUCACGGCGUCGACGUCUCUUACUACCCCUUCGUCUUCAAUACGGAGCAGCAACUCUCGUCCGGUUACACCUUCUCCUUCCAUUAUCACGACGGCAAGUGCUACGUCUCCAUCGGCCUCGACGUCUUCAGCUUCACGUUCGGGCUUCCGCGUCGGCGGAGGUCCGCAUGCGCGAUCACUGGCUGCGAGAAACGCCUCUGGUUCUUCUGUGCAUGGAUCAAGUACCAGCAGCAAGGAUAAAGGAAAGGAGAAAGAAAAGGAGAAGGACGGUGUGCCCGAUCCCGACGAGCGUGAUCUGAUCCGGGUGUAUACGAUGCAGAACGCGGAGAGCGGGCUGGGCAGCGACUACAUGAAGAGAAAACACGUCAUUCGCGUCAGGCUUGAGGGCGAGCAGUUCCUGCUGCAGGCGCAGGACGUGGAGAGUGUCAUUGCGUGGAUUGAGGGUCUUCAAUCCGCGACGAACAUUGCGCUGGACCUGGAUGAGCGGCCUAUGCCUCGUGGCCCCAUCUUCCCAAGGCGGCGCAGACGGCGGCGUGUACAGCCCGGAACGAUCAACACUGCGACGACAAACGCGACAACGAACACUAAUGACCCGACGCCAGUGUCUGCGACGCAGCUUACGGCGCCGCUGACGAUGACAGCGGGACGGUGA